UCAUUCACUCACAGCGGAGCUCCCAGCUCGAGACUUCGCAGUCCUGCUUAGAGACCCUCGUGCUGCUUUUGAGACGCCUUGAUCGCGAAGGGAGCCCUCUUGGAGGACUUUGUUGGCAAAGCCAUUCUAGGAGUCUGAUCGCCACCAACGUUGGAUUUUCCUUUCUUGUCCUAAAAGGAUCCCCCUUGGAGCCCACUGGAGGGUCACUGAAGGCUGGGAUUCAUAUCUUGGAUAUUAAGUUUCGCAUCCGAAGAUAAUGACAUUUCUAAGUCUCCAAGUGUUGAUUGGGGUGUUUAUUUGCUCUUGGAGUGUAAAAGGAUCUUCGCAGCCUCAGGCCAGGGUGUUCUUAACAUUCAAUGAACUGCAGGAAACCAAGACCGCUCAGUUUUAUGCUCUUUCCCAUCACCCCUUAGACUACAGGAUAUUAGUGAUGGAUGAAGAUCAGGACCGGAUCUAUAUUGGCAGCAAAGAUCACAUUCUCUCAUUGAAUAUCAACAAUAUAAGCCAGGAGCCUUUGAGUAUUUUCUGGCCAGCAUCAACAACUAAAGUUGAUGAGUGCAAAAUGGCUGGCAAGGAUCCCACACACGGUUGUGGCAAUUUUGUCCGUGUAAUACAGACUUUCAACCGCACUCAUUUGUACGUUUGUGGGAGUGGGGCAUUCAGCCCUGUAUGUGCAUAUUUCAAUAGGGGACGGAGGUCUGAAGAGCAGGUUUUCAAGAUCGAUUCCAAAUGUGAAUCUGGAAAGGGACGCUGCUCUUUCAAUCCUAAUGUGAAUACUGUCUCUGUUAUGAUCAAUGAAGAACUAUUUUCAGGAAUGUACAUCGAUUUCAUGGGAACCGAUGCUGCAAUUUUUCGCAGUUUAACCCGGCGGAAUGCUGUGAGGACUGACCAGCAUAACUCCAAGUGGCUAAGUGAGCCCAUUUUUGUGGAUGCCCAUCUCAUCCCAGAUGGCACUGAUCCAAAUGAUGCCAAAGUGUACUUCUUCUUCAAAGAGAAACUGACAGACAACAGUGGCAGCACCAAGCAGAUCAACUCCAUGAUUGCCAGAAUAUGCCCUAAUGACACAGGAGGACAGCGUAGUCUUGUAAACAAAUGGACAACUUAUUUGAAAGCAAGGCUUGUAUGUUCAGUAAUGGAUGAUGAUGGCACAGAGACCUACUUUGAUGAAUUAGAGGAUGUGUUUCUUCUCGAAACGGAUAAUCCUAGGACAACACUGAUAUAUGGUGUAUUCACAACCUCCAGCUCUGUAUUUAAAGGCUCAGCAGUGUGUGUGUACCAUUUAUCUGAUAUUCAGAGAGUGUUCAAUGGUCCCUUUGCACACAAGGAAGGUCCAAACCAUCAGCUAAUUCCUUAUCAGGGAAGAAUUCCUUAUCCACGACCUGGGACAUGUCCUGGAGGAGCCUUCACACCCAACAUACGGACAACUAAGGAGUUUCCAGAUGAUGUGGUGACUUUUAUCAGGAAUCAUCCCUUGAUGUUUAAUCCCAUCUACCCAAUCCACAAGAGACCUCUGAUCAUUCGGACAGGCACUGACUACAAAUACACAAAGAUAGCUGUCGACCGUGUCAGCGCUGCAGAUGGAAGAUACCACGUCUUGUUUCUUGGAACAGACCAGGGAACUGUACAGAAAGUUGUGGUCCUGCCCAAUAACUCUUCUACAAGUGGAGAACUCAUCUUAGAAGAACUUGAGAUGUUUAAGAAUAAUGCUCCAAUAACAACAAUGGCCAUUUCAUCUAAGAAGCAACAGUUGUAUGUAAGCUCGGAUGAAGGGGUCACCCAGGUUUCUUUGCAUCGCUGUCAUAUAUAUGGGACGGCCUGUGCUGACUGCUGCCUUGCCAGAGAUCCCUACUGUGCCUGGGAUGGCAAUUCCUGCUCCAGGUUCUACCCAACAGGGAAAAGGUAAAUAAAUAUUUGGGGGACUGGUGGGAUUUGCAAAAAGAAAUGUGAAGCUUCUAUUUAUUUCCUAGGUAUGUAAUACAAUAUUGGAAGGGGAAGUCUUUCAUUGAUCACUUUUAAAUUGCCAUAUAUUCAUAUGCACACAUGCACACACACUUGGCAGGGUUGGGCCAUCUAGAGUAUUAAUUUAUUAAUAGCACAGCUUUAACACUUGAAGACUUUGUGCUUCGUUUCAAGUUUGGAGGGUCUGACCUCUUUUUGUGGAUAACUGCCAGCAAAAGGACAAGCUGCUCAUUGACUAAUAAUUAAUGGAGUAGUUUAUUGGCAGCAUUCCCCUCAUGGAAAAGGUUAUAACUGUUGUGCUUCUUUCAUUUGGUAUCUGGAGAUUAAGCAUUUCAAUUUUUACUUCCAUGCUCCCUUUUUAGUACCCCAACAAGUAAGAUCUUUUGCAGUAAAGUA